UAUCUUCAUUUCGGUCUAAUAAAGUCCUAUUAUUUGGGAUUAGUUGAGCUAUUUUAUUGUUUUCAGUUAUGCUUUUCUUUGGAAGGCUAUUUAACACAACACCCACUUUGUUUAUUUUCAAUCAAAUUAAUCUGCUUUUGCACUUAUCUUAUCAUCAUACACCUUUUUCAUUCAUCUCUUCGAAAUAUUCUGCAAAAUUAUCACAUAAAAAGAAAAACUAGAGUGAGGAUGAGUCGGAAUCACGCUGCCAUGAUUUUGGGAAGAAUUAUCUCCAAUUCUUCAUUCAAUUCAUCCACUCUCCCCAUUGCUUCGUUUCUUGUCAAACCCAGAUUCAAUUUUGAUAAUCUCACCCACCAAAUUAGAUACUUCUCCGCCUAUCCCAGAUUCGAUUUUGAAUCUAUACGUGAGCCCAAUGAUGCUGUCGCUCUAUUUCGGGAGAUGAUGAGAACGGAGCCACUUCCUUCUGUUAAGCUUUUCUCGAAAUUGCUGAGCGUUGUGGUCAAGCUGAAACAAUACUCUGCUGCACUUCAUCUGUUCGACGAAAUGCUUCAAAGGGAUGCUCCUGUAAAUCACUACACGUUGAAUAUUGCGAUUGAUUGCUAUUGCCGACUGAAAAGGCCUGAUUUUGGGUUUGCGAUCUUAGGCAGUUUUUUCAAGCGUGGGUACGAGCCUGAUGUUGUAACCUUUAACACUCUCUUGAAAGGCCUUCUGUUUGUUGAAAGGAUACCAGAGGCAGCUAAAUUUUUGGGGAAGCUGUCGGCCUUCCAUUUAUGUGAGCCCGAUAAAUAUACGUAUAAUACUAUAAUUAAUGGAUUAUGCAAAGCUGGGGAUAUUCUCCAGGCGAUUGAGUUGCUCUGCUCAUUGGAAAAGGGAAAAGGGAACUGCAAACCCGAUGUCUAUGCAUACAACAUAGUCAUUGAUGGUCUAUGCAAGGAAGGAAAGGUGGACGAAGCUCUCCAACUCUUCUCCAGUUUGGGUGAUAAGGGGAUUUCACCCGAUAUUGUGACAUAUAAUUCAAUAAUCGAGGGGUUGUGCAGUCAUCGUAGAGAGGAUGAGGCUGAAGACAUUUUCAAGAAGAUGAUUGUCUUCCCAGAUGUGGUGACGUGUAAUAUCUUUGUGGAUACUUGGUGCAGAGAUGGAAAUGUGGAAGAGGCCGAGCAUUUGUUGGUAUCUAUGAAGGAGAUUGAUGUUCACCCCAACAUUGUCAUAUACAAUGCAUUGAUUAAUGGGUAUUGCUUGCAAGGGAAAAUGGAUGAAGCCGGGCGCAUUUUCCAAUUGGCAGUGAACUCUGGAAUCAAGCCCGAUAUCAUCAGCUACAAUAGCUUAAUGAAUGGGUAUUGUUUGCAAGGGAAAAUGGACGAAGCCAGACGCAUUUUGCAAUUGGCAGUGAAUUCCGGAAUCCAGCCUGAUAUCAUAAGCUACAGUAGCUUGAUGAACGGGUAUUGCAAAAUGGGGAAAGUUGAUGAAGUUUCACGUCUUUUUACCAUAAUUCCUGCUAAAAGGUUAAAGCACAAUGUGGUUUCUUAUAGCAUAAUGCUAGAGGCCUUAUUUCGUGAAGGCAAAUGUGAAGACGGCUUGAAGUUGUUUAAAGAGAUGGAAGCUCUACAAGUGUCUCCGGAUAUAAGGACUUAUAAUAUCGUGUUGGAUGGUUUGUGCGGAGCUCAUCGUAUUGCUGAAGCUUUUCCAGUGUUGCAUAUCAUGGAAGAUAAAGGUAUCAUUCCAGACAUAGUAACAUACAAUAUUCUCAUUCAGGGAUUGUGCAACGACAACAAUGUCAGAGAAGCAAAGGAUCUUAUCGACGAGCUUCCAUCCAAAGGUUUGCUGCCUGACAUGAGAACAUAUAAUAUUCUCAUUGAGGGAUUGUGCAACGACAACAAAAUCGGAGAAGCAGAGGAUUUGUUUGACGAGCUUCUAUCCAAAGGUUUGCAGCCUGACGUCCUAACAUAUAGUAUUCUCAUUGGUGCACUUUGCAGAAAAGGGCAGAUAGAGGAGGCCAAGGAUCUGUUCUAUGAGCUUCCGUCCAAAGGUUUGCAGCCUGACGUAAUAACGUAUACAAUCUUUAUCGGUGCACUUUCUGAGGAAGGGCAGAUCGAGGAGGCUAAGUAUUUGAUGAUGAAAAUGGUAAACAACGGUUGCUUGCCUGAUAAUGUGACGUACAAUGUUUUUGUUCAAGGUCUUCUCAAAAGGAACCAGACGCUUGAUGCAAUGCCACUCAUGGAAGAGAUGGAUGCAAGGGUAUUCACACUUGACAAAAUUUCAUAUUCGAUGUUGAUUGAACCAGUGAAAAGGGAAGGUAAAGAUAGCGUUCUGUUUAAUAAGGUUAAGAAACUCGUACCAGAGGAUUUCUAUUCUAGUUAGGUCUUAUGUUGUGUUUGAAGGUCAAGAAUUAUUGCAAUAGAGAUUAAUGGGAAAGUACAAUUGCUUAUUUGUUUAUUUAAUCUCUAUGUUUUUCUACAGUAAUGUGGAACGAUAAUCAAGACUAGAUACAUAUAAUAAAGUGGCCCCUCUCUCUCUCUGUCUCACCUAUGACACAAUGUAAACUACAUAAAAUAAACUACAUUUAAUUUAGUUUCACAAUGUAAUAUGAAUUCUUGAUUGAAAUCAAGAUCUCUGUUUUUUCUGAGCUUGUAAGUUAAUGUAUGGCGAUCUUUAAGUGAGAUUUGAACUCGAGACCCUCCAAUACCUCCUGUGGUAUCUGAGGUUCAUUGUCAUUAUUGAAAACUGAGCAUCGAAAAUAAUAAGCAAUUAGUUUUCUUGGGGAGAAAAAAAAGAAAUAUAGACCUUGCACAAGAACUGCUGCAAGAAACAAUAUCAAUAGGAACAAGUGAUGGCAGCGAUGUUACUGCUGAGCUCUAUCUGUGUAUUAAUUGUUUUUGACUUGUCAAUAGUUUUUAACUGCCUCCUGUUUGGGAAGUAUGAAACAGAUUGAAUCCCUUUGCUCAACUUGAUACGAGCAGCCGACUGCUAAUUCAUCAAGAUCCGUUACCAGUAACGGAGAGGCUUCGUACUAAGUCGGCUAAGACAGUUGAAUAUUGGCACAAUGUGUUAGAAAACAAAAGAGCAAUUUUGAGUUCUGGAGAGGGGGACCAACGCUUAAAUGUGUUGUAUUCGAGUUAUAGCCAUUUGCCUGCUCAUCUAAAGCCAUGUUUUCUUUAUAUGGGGACUUUUCAAGAGGAUCGCGAGAUUCCAGUCUCGCGAAUCACCAAACUUUGGAGGAUUACUUAAAGGAUCUCGUUGACAGGAACCUCGUUUAAGUUGGUAAGUAUCGUAAGAGUGGAAAGAUUAGAUCUGUCUGCAUUCAUGAUCUUCUCAGAGACCUAUGCAUAAGCUUAGCAGAUGAAGAAAAGUUAUUUUCUUCUGCGAGAGUUUGGUGUGUGAGUGAGGGAUUCUACAGUGAGAGAUCUAUCAACGAAGUGUUAUGAAGAUUUCCAGUGGGUUUGCUGAGCAAGAGGCUUGCAUUCCCCACUUGGCUAAACAAGUUGUGCUUGAGAAACUGCAGCCUCGCUCGAGAAGAUCUGGCAACGAUUGGUUCGUUCCACAUCUACAAGUUCUUGAGCUAGAACACAACUCUUUCUUGGGAGGCGAGUUGAGCAUUUUCAACGGUGAGUUUCCUUGUCUCGGGUUCUUGAGAAUCGACGGCUGUGAUGUCGUGUGUUGGGCUGACACCUCUGCUUUUCGAGCUCUUGAAAAGCUCAUUGCUUGAGAUCUGUGGCAGUUGCAAGAGAUCCCUUCGGAUAUCGGAGAGACAAACAUGCUCAAACUCAUUCAUUUGCAUCACUGCUCUGAAUCUGAAAGAGCAAGACAGCUUUGGGAAUUAUAGCCUUACGAUUGAAGUUGACAUCUCUUGUUACUGCUGCAGUGAGAGUCUCUUAAUAUCACUUUAAAACUUCAAACUUUUUUCAGUUUUCCUAAUUUGUUAUGAUUUUCCAUUAACCUGUACUUUCAUGAAAUAAUCAAAAAAAUGUAGCUAACAUAAGAAUAUAAUUCUAACCAUUGUACAAAUUCCUUCCUAUUUUAAUUUUUUUUAAUUCAAGUCCACUAGUUUAUUAGUACAA